AUGUCGUCCUCGGAAGACCUCAAGGACUCGCCCGCUCGCUGGAAGCUGCCCCGCCUCUUUGGUGGCCGCCAGGCAACCCGAAAUGUCUCUCCGAGCAACAUGCCCAAGUGGAGCAUGGGAGUCUUGAACGACCAGGAGACGGUCGAGGUUCCCGGCUCCGUCUUGCUGCUUGCUUCGGAUCGCAACGAGCCCCUGGGUCUGAGCAAUGUCCGCGCAAGAACCUCGCACUCGUCCUUCCCCGUUGAUGCCGCCCUGAGCCCAAGCGCCAGCCGCCCGGUCUCGGCCAUCGCCUCGCCCCGUUCUCGUCGUCCGCCCCCGCCCGACGUGGUCGAGGACAAGAAGAAGACGAGCGACGGCGCCAUCAUCCUCGACCCCCAGCCCGAGGAGUCGGCCAACGACCCCCUCAACUGGCCCAGCUGGCGCCGCGACACGGCCCUGCUGUCCCUGGGUUUCUACUGCAUGAUUGGCGGCGGCAUUACGCCCCUCAUUGCCGCCGGCUUCACCGACGUGGCCCGCGACUACCAUGUCGACGUCGAAUCCGUCUCCCUCACCACGGGUCUCUACAUGAUGGGUCUUGGUUUGGGCUCGGUCCUCGCGUCCCCCACGGCCAUUCUCUUUGGCAAACGUCCCGUGUACCUUGCUAGUGCCAUUGUCUUCAUCGGCACGUGCCUGUGGGCGGCAUGGUCGCCAAGCUUCUCGUCUCUGCUGGCCGCCCGCGUCUUCCAGGGCGUCGCCAUCAGCCCCGUCGAGUGCCUCCCGUCAGCCACAAUUGCCGAGAUCUUCUUCCUCCACGAGCGCGCCUACCGCAUCGGCAUCUACACCUUGCUGCUGCUCGGCGGCAAGAACCUGGUCCCCCUGGUCAGCGCCGCCAUCAUAGGUCGCUUUGGCUGGCGCUGGGUCUUUUGGAUCGUCGCCAUGGUCGUUGGUCUCGGCUUCAUCCUCCUCUUCCUCUUUGUGCCCGAGACCUUUUGGGACAGGACGCCGACGAGGCGCUCGUCGAGGCGCCCCAGCUUCCUGCGCCGCCUCUCGUCUCGCCGCAACGUGCUCCGGACCGACAUUCCCUCGGCAGGCCCCGGCGGUAGAGGCUCCGAGAGGGCCCCGUCGCCCGGCGCGGCGGAGCGCCACCACAACGACCAGCACGUCGGCUUCGCGCCCGCGGCCGGGCCUCGCCCGAGCGAAGGGGGCGGCAACGGUGUCGAGUCUCCGGGCGCGCCAAACUCCCCGCCCCGCCUUGGAGGAUGGGUCCCGAAUCCCGAUGGAGAGAAGCGGGCCUCGGGGAGGGCCUCUACGCCUCAGGGAGCCCGCUCUCCGGGAGACGCGGCUCGUCAACCUUCUCUUGCCGCGUUGGACCCCAAUGCCCUCGAGGUGGAGGAGGCGCGCAGGAGCAACUCGUUGUAUCCGCACGGCGCGGCCGGGAGCGACAUGAAUGUCGACUACAUGGCCAGGGGGCCCAAUCUAGACAACGAGAAGAUCCCCGCUUCGAUGCUCCGGGCGCCGCCCAAGAUUCAGGCCUACACGCAUAAUCUGCGUCAGCAGCCAGCGCGGACGUUUGUUCAGCAGCUGCGGCCGUACCACGGCCGCCUCAAGCACGACAAGUGGCUCAAGGUCAUGGUGCGGCCCUUCGUCCUGUUCGCCUACCCGGCCGUGCUCUGGUCGGCGGCCAUUUACGCCUGCUCGAUCGGCUGGCUAAUUGUCAUCUCGGAGACGAUGGCUAUCAUCUAUCGCGACCCGACCAUCUACAACUUCGACGCGUUGCAGACGGGCCUCGUGUACAUUUCGCCCUUUGUGGGCGGCAUCCUGGGCACGGGCGUCGCGGGCAAAGUCAGCGACGUCAUCGUCCGCGCCAUGUCACGGCGCAACGGCGGCCUGUACGAGCCCGAGUUCCGGCUCGUCAUGAUGGUGCCGGUGCUGGUGUCGACGUGCGUAGGACUCAUGGGCUUCGGCUGGUCGGCGCAGGAGAGGGACCACUGGAUCGUGCCCACCAUCUUCUUUGGCGUCCUCUCGUUUGGCUGCGCGCUGGGCUCGACGACGUCCAUCACCUUUUGCGUGGACAGCUACCGCCAGUACGCCGGCGAGGCCCUGGUGACGCUCAACUUUUCCAAGAACGUCUUGCACGGCCUGGUCUUUAGCCUGUUUGUGGCGCACUGGAUGGCCGAGGACGGGCCCAAGCGCGUCUUCAUCUGGCUCGGCAUCAUCCAGCUGAUUCUCUGCCUGUUUACCAUUCCCCUGUACAUUUACGGCAAGCGGGCGCGCAUGUGGACGGUCAGGAUGAAUCUCAUGGAGAAGUUUUGA